AUGCCUAUCCCAACCACAGAACUCGUCAUUUUCGACGGUACAGAGGCGGUUCGCAAGGACCGCUCCAUUUUGAAACCUGCAUUCGAGAUAGUCUCGAAGUCCAAUGGUGUCCAGAUGCCUGCCUACGUUGGGAUGCAGAUCGAGAAUCCUGCCAAAGGAUAUGUCAUCUUGAACUGGGAUAGCCUGACGCACCAUCAAGCGAUGAUGGCGGCCCCCUCGUAUGCGACUCUGCUUGAAGCUCUGAAACCCGCAUAUGGGGGCUGGUCGAAGAUGUACCAUGUGAUUUUUAAUGCCCAUCCCACCGCAUUGCAGCAGCCUGUCACAGAAGUUCUCCUCCUCACCAUCAAGAACCCCAGUCAUCGCGCAGAGGUGUUUGAGAUCCUCACUAAGCUCUCGGACUCAACCAAGAAGAUGCUCGUGUUUGGUCCCUCAUUGGAAGAUAAUAAUGUGAUUAUUGUCAUCGGUGGUUGGAAGAGCGUUGAGGCCCAUUGGCAGAUGGUCGCUAAUCCUGAGCCGAAAGCUGCGCUUGAACGGUUGUACGCUCUUGCCAACAAGGACCAUCUAUUCCACACCACCUUGACCCCUUUCACGGGGAAGUAG